UGUUCAGUCACUCAUUCAAAGUAGGGGAACGACCUGGGAAGCGGAAUUCGGGACCUGGACCUCCCUGCCUGGAGUGAUCUAUUAAGAUCACUCCGUUUGCGGGUCCUGUCUUCAUCUCAGCCCAAAUCCCGAGCCGGCCAUAGACGUCCUUCCCGCUCUUUCUGUGCACAUAACUCCGGGAAGCUCCUGAUGUCUUCUGCCAAGUUAUGGCCCGUUAGUGCCUCGGCGGCCUCUCUCGUGUGCUGUGAAGAAUUGAAGAACCCGAAGUUCGUGGGCAAAGGAGGGUUCGGUACAGUGUUCCGUGCACAACACAGAACAUGGGGCCACGAUGUUGCAGUCAAGAUCGUGAACUCGGAGGUGAUAUCCAGGGAGGUGAAAGCUAUGGCGAAUCUGCGUAACCAACACGUGCUGCUCCUGCUGGGGGUCACCGAGAACCUCGAGUGGGACUAUGUGUCUGGGCCGGCUCUGGUGACAGGAUUCAUGGAGAAUGGCUCCCUCGCAGGGCUGCUGCAGCCCGCGUGCCCUCGGCCCUGGCCGCUCCUCUGUCGCCUGCUACAGGAGGUGGUACUGGGGAUGUGUUACCUGCACAGCUUGAACCCAGUGCUCCUGCACCGGGACCUCAAGCCCUCCAAUGUCCUGCUGGACUCAGAGCUCCAUGCCAAGCUAGCAGAUUUUGGCCUGUCCACAUUUCAGGGAGGGUCACAGUCAGGGUCAGGGUCCAGGGAUCCAGGGGGUACCCUAGCUUACUUGGCCCCAGAGCUAUUGGUUAAUGUCAACCGGAAAGCUUCCCCAGCCAGUGACGUCUACAGCUUUGGGAUCCUCGUGUGGUCGGUGCUGGCUGGAAGAGAAGCUGAGUUGGUAGACCAGACAUCACUAGUUCAGGAUGCAGUCUGUGAAAGGCAGAAUCGGCCUCCUUUGACAGAGCUGCCCUCAGCCGGCCCUGAGACUCCUGGCUUGGAAGUACUGAAGGAGUUAAUGAUGCGUUGCUGGAGUUCUGAGCCCAAGGACAGGCCAUCCUUCCAGGAUUGCCGACCAAAAACCAAUGAUACCUACAUCCUGGUACAGGACAAAAUAGAUGCUGCUGUCUCUGAGGUAAAGCAAUAUCUAUCUCAGCGCAGAAACAGCAACAGAAAGUUGUCUGUCCUAGAGCCAGGCCCUAGAGGUACAGAAAUGGAUGGCCCUGGGGAAAGCACAAUUUCUGAAAUGCUGAACCAUCUGCAACUGAAGGGGUCCCUCAGUCCAGUCCCUGAAAAGGGUGUACACCUUACUGAGAGGGGAAGAACACAGGAAGAACCCACUGGCCAUGCCACAUCAGCAGUGACAUCUUCAGAUCCAGUGGCUGGAAUUCCUCAAAUGCCACCCUUCAGAGGCCCAACACCCAGCCCAAACUCUGCUGAGACUCCAGGUCCUAACCCACAAAGGAAUCAGGGAGAUGGAAGACAUGACACCCAUUGGUCCUCCUGGACCCCAGGGCCAAAUCCAGCAGCAGGGCCAUUGCCAUCUGUGACCCUCAACAACUGUUCGGCAGUGCAGAUUGGAAACUACAACUACUUGACAGCCCAACCAAGAACUGCUUUGCCCAAGAAAGGCCCAACACAGUGUGGCAGGGGCAGGGGCUGGUAGCCCCUCCACAAGUAAAUCUCAGGGGACACCUGCAAGAGCCUGAAGUCUGGAGCACCCAGCACUGUUUAGGCAACAGCACAAUUAUAGUGGAAAAUAAAGCACUUUGUAAGCAAGCUGGAAUGGCUAAGACAAUCAUCGCCUCUUCCUGCAGCCCACAAAGUUCUUUGCGAGCAUUUAAGCCUACACCCAAAUUGACUUUUGACCUCUCUCCCAAAAGUCAAUAAAUACAAUAUGUUAACUA